AGACAAGCGCAAACCCCACAGCCCCCGCGACACGCAAUGGGCGACAUCCCCAACCUCGUGAAAAUCAGCGUCUCCCUCAAAAUCCAGCCAAACGAUGGGGCUGUGUAUUUCAAGGUGGACGGGCAGCGCUUUGGCCAGAACCGCACGAUCAAGCUGCUGACUGGGGCCAAGUACAAGAUCGAGGUCGCCCUCCGGCCCGGCACCAUUCAGGCCACGACUAUGGGCAUCGGGGGCGUGAAUGUCCCAUUGGAGGAGAAAUCAAGGGAUGCACAAGUGGUCUCUUACACAGGGAUCUACGACACAGAAGGAGUGCCCCACACCAAGAGCGGGGAGAGGCAGCCCAUUCAGGUCAACAUGCAGUUUAAUGACAUUGGUGUUUUUGAAACAGUCUGGCAAGUCAAAUUCUACAACUACCACAAACGGGACCAUUGCCAAUGGGGAAACAGUUUUGGCAGUAUUGAGUACGAAUGCAAGCCGAAUGAAACACGUAGUCUUAUGUGGAUCAAUAAAGAGACUUUCCACUGAAGAGAAGUGAAAAUAAUUGUGCUGGACAGUUUCCUUAAAGAAAAAUCUACCUUCUUAAACCAGCAAGAAGCCUUAACAAAGGCAUACUGUAACAUUGCUUUGUCCCAUAAGAUUCCAGUAACCCACUUGUAUAUACAGUUGGUGCCACUAAAAACCUUACCUAUUAUGGUAUUUUAAGUUUACCAUGGCAUUUCAGAUUCUUUAUCUAUCAUCCUGAGAAUAUUGCAGGCAUCAUGGUAAAGAGUAUUUGAUAGCUGGGUAGAAAAUCGUACUAUCAUAACACUACCAUAAAUAUUUGGACUAUGUCCACUGAAUAGUUCCAGUAGCUGUAACAACCUUAGUGUUUUUCUUUAUUGCUUACAAUUUGGAUGCAACAUCACAGUGGUGAUUUUCAUAUUUAGAUUUGUGUUUGCUCCAAAAUCAGCGUGCUCCUUCAAGCAUUUUGUCUACACUUCAUAACAAUAGACAGCAAGAAGUACAAGUUAUGGAUGUUUGUAGGUUUAGCUAAAUGGCAGCUACUGCACUGUUGAUAUUGUGCAUUCCUAUCAAGAGAUUUUGAAACUCACUGGUUCUCCCUUUUGUUGAGUGUCGUAAAGUAUUCUAUGAUAAAUUUCCUAUUUUGUGAGAUUCAGUAAAUUAUCGUUCUUUGUUGUUAAGUUUCCCAGUCCCCAAAAUGGUUUCAGGAGACAGUGUAAAACCUGCUAACUUAAACAAAGGAAAAGCAGUAAGUUAGCUGUGGUCUUAACAGAAAGGAACGCCUGAUUAAUAUAAGGUUAAUAUCUACCUUAAGAUCGCAUAGCAUUUUUUGCAAGCUAUAGCAGCCAUACUUAUGCUGAGUCUCAGAAUAAGAGUUCUGAUAAUAAUCCCCAUUUGUUUUAAUGACAUAUUGCUCAAACCAGUAAAAUCCUACAAAUUAACUUCUUCAAGCAUGACCAAAAUCUACCGUAUUCCCUACCAAAAAAAAUGCAGUAUUGUGAAGAAGGUGCAGAUCUUGGUGCAGGCUUAUACAUGCAUUGUAUUUUUUUUAAAUAAAGACAAGUAUGUAAGCAUUUGGAGGUUUAUGACUUAAGGUGCUACAUAAACACUGACCCAGUGUUUAACACAGAAAAUAGAAGCCAAACAUAUCUUUUCUUUCAGUAAAUAAAGCAGGGAAACAACAACACCAUCCCAUCUCCGGCCUCAUCUGAAGUAACCUGUCAGUUCUUGCGUAUUGGUUGUUCCCUUUGUUAAUAAUUUGUAAAUUGUGUAUGUAAAUGGUAACGACAACUUUUGAUCUUUGUAAUAAAGGACUUAAACAAG